CUGGCACUCACGGUGACUCACCUCGCCACCAAACUCGUCUCUUAUUUCCUUUGCCAGAACAUGAGUACUGACCCAAACAACUCUUUUGCAACUCCAACAGUCGUUGUCAUUCAGCAUGCGACUCAUCCCGAGAGGGACAAACAGUUCCGUGCUCUAGCGGUUUCCAGCGAAUUCCUCAAAGCCAACCGGAAAAUGCUUCGCAUACGAUGUACGCAGUGUCAAAUGUCAUUGGAGAAACCUUUGAAAUGUGCAAAGUGUAAGAGCGUUUGGUAUUGCUCAAAAGAGUGUCAAAAGAAACACUGGUCCACCCACAAACCGAGAUGCCACGAAGUCGGACGCUCCUCGGGAGCCCUCAAAUUCAUACGAAUGUUUAUUUUGAAUCCGUUACUCAUGAAUUUCCUCAAAAUUGGCGCCGCCAUCGACUGUGGCCUGAUUGACAAUCCCCGGAUCGGAUUUGACGUGCCGUUCGGGGUGCGCGUUGAUAUUGCCAUCGAGCCGAGUGAUGUCCUAGACUUUGUUGGAUUGUAUUUGGGCAGCAAAUCGGUUGGGGAGAAGCUUCAAGGGAUGGUGCAGGUCAAUGCAAUGGCACCAUAUGAACUUACGCCGGAGCGGGUAGACAAAUGGCGUGAGGCUCGGGCAAGGCACGACGCAGAGGGUUUUGCCAAAGAUCCUGUCGGACUCGUGGAUUUCAUUGAUGCUACUUGCACAGAACACUUUGGGAAUGCGGCGACCGUUGAGCUGCACUUCCCACGUGUUGUCCUUGACAUCGCCAAGGCUCGAGAGCCUUUCUUACUUGUCUCUGCUGUCACGGGCGCAGAAACCAGGAAACCCAUGAGUGCUAUGUUAUGUCUAGAGUAG